AUGUUAUUUUCAAUGGCGGCGGAAGCAACACCUGAUGCUGCAUUUGGACCACGACGUAGGUUAGCACUUGUAAUUGGCAUUAAUGAUUAUGAAAAUUACUCGAAAUUAACCAACCCAAAGAAUGAUGCGGAAAAGCUGUCAUCUCUCUUGCAAAGUAUUGGCUUUAUUAUUGAUUCAUCAUCAUUGGCCGAAACAUAUGCUGAGGUAAAUCGUAAGGUUCUUGAUUUUGAACUCUCAAUAAAACCGAAUGAUGUGGUCCUAUUUUAUUUUGCUGGACAUGGGAUACAAUGGGAGGAUCAAAAUUAUUUAAUGCCAAAAGACUUUCCUAAAUUUCCUGAAAUAAAUGAAGCAGAUUUAAAAGAGAUAGCUGGCAUUUUAAAAAUGAAAGCCGUCAAUGCACAAGAUAUUCUUAACACGUUGAGUGAUCGAAAACCAUAUGUAACAAUAUUUCUCUUGGAUUGCUGUAGAGAAUAUAUUUUACGAAAUCCUGAUUUAAAUAGACGUGGUUUUAACUCAAACACGAGCAAUUCCAAAUCAACUGGCCUAGCAGCAAUGCAUAAAGCAGGUGCACUGAUUGCAUUUGCUUGUGCACCUGGUACAUUCGUAGAUGAUAAACCAAAAGACAAAAAUAGUUUAUUUAUGAAGCAUCUUCUGGAACACAUUACCACUCCGAACGAAGACAUUGUAAACAUAUUACGUGAUGUGACCAAUGGAGUAAUGAAAGAUUCAAAUGACGAACAGAUUCCAUUUCUAAGUGUUCAAUUAAGACACAAGAAUAUCUAUUUGUGUGAGCAAGGCAGAGGUAAGAAGAAUGAUUUUGAAUAG